AGACUGUCGCGACGCGGCGGCGUGCGUUAUUUGGCCACGCCCACUUGUGUACGUUGCGCGCGUGAAAAGCUCGUGAACGUGGAAAUAAGCGAUGGCAGCGUCAGAUUCCUUUAAAGUUUGCUCGCUGAAGGAUAAAGUCGCGUUAAUCACUGGAGCGAGUUCAGGGAUCGGAGCUGGAACUGCGCAUGUCUUCGCCAGACUCGGAGCUCAGCUCGCGCUCAACGGCCGCGACAUGGACAACCUCAGCAAAGUGGCCAGAGAGUGUGAGGAGUGCGGUGGCAAGAAGCCACUCUUAGUGCCAGGAGACUUGACUGAUGAGGACACGGUAAAGAAAACAGUUGAAGAGACCAUCGCUCACUUUGGGCGUCUGGAUGUUCUUGUUAAUAGUGCAGGAAUCCUCGCCAUGGGCACCAUAGAGACCACCGACUUGGCACAGUAUGAUAAAGUGAUGAAUGUUAACGUCAGAUCAGUUUAUCACGUUACACACUUGUGUGUGCCACACUUGAUUCAAACUAAGGGCUGCAUUGUAAAUGUGUCAAGUGUAAACGGGCAACGAUCUUUUCCGGGAGUGCUCGCAUACUGCAUGUCCAAGUCUGCCAUCGACCAGUUUACACGCUGUGUUGCUCUUGAGCUGGCGCCAAAGCAAGUCCGAGUCAACUCUGUUGGGCCAGGUGUGAUCAUAACAGAGGUUCACAAGCGCGCAGGUUUAAGUGAAGAACAGUAUCAGCAGUUCCUAGAGAAGUGUAAAGUCACACAUGCCCUCGGACGACCAGGUGAGGUGGAGGAAGUGGCUCAGGCAAUUGCCUUCCUGGCCUCAGACGCUGCCACCUUUAUCACAGGCGUGAAUCUCCCAGUAGACGGAGGCCGUCAUGCCAUGUGUCCACGAUGAGCCACAGCAUCAUUAGAAAUCUGAUUAGUAAUCAAUAUUGACUGUGAAGAUCAAUUAUCUCUUGUAGUAGACAUCCUCAGGUAAAUGGUAUCCUCAAAUGUUUUUGACUCUUCUUGAGAUUUUCAGGUCUUAUACACACACAGAAUUUUAUUGGGAUUAGGUGGUUUAAAUUGAAUUUAGUUAAACUGAAAUAAAAAUGAAAGUUAAUAAACUG